AUGACCAAUAAUUCCACCACCACGAAAAUAACUUUCAAAUAUAUUUUCAUCGUUUCCUUCUUCUUAUUCUCUGUUUUGAUGGAGUUGGGUGCCAUUUCAUCGACCAUCUCCUAUGCGGUCAUUAAACAUGUUUCUUCACCCAAUCCCGACACCAUGAUCACGAAUAUUAGUAUUGGAGUACCGUGUGUGGUUCAUGAUUGGCGUGUCAAUUGUCAAAAUUUACAGAUGUGCUUGGGAAUUUAUUGUACUCGGUAUGCAUCCUGCCAAGCCAAUGUUUCCUUGUUAUUGUUGUGUGAUCAAGAUGUUGCAUUUCGAGGGCCCUCAUACGUAAAUUGUUCUUCCAAUAUUCAUUCACAAACAAUAACGAAUGAAUACAAUAAUUUUCAAAAUUAUUCCAUUCGAACAGUUCUCACCCUUUCGCAACCUCUGUAUUCCAUUCCACCACCAUCUCCUCCCAAAAAUUUCAAUUCGACCCUUUGGUCAAAUGUCACGACUUGUUAUUUAAGGCAAGAUCAAAACAUUUUCACAUCUCCAGUUUCUAUUUUACCAUUUCUUAAUGAUACGUUGUAUGAACAACAAGCUUCCAAAUAUACCAAUUACUUGGUCGUGACAAUUAUUAUUGGACUCUUGACGAAUAUCGUUGGAUGUGUAUUAAUUGCAAUCUCACUUGUGGCGUGUUGUGGAAUUGGUGGUAUUGUAAACGGUGCUGCAAUAUUUUUGCAUUGUUAUAAGAAUGAUCAAAGUCAAUGGUCUGAAAAUUAUCGAAAACGAGUGUUGUUUGUGAAUGGACGAUUGAAAUAUUCAGAUGGAAGUGAUUUUUGA